AAUACUACGCUUAUACACAAUAUUUUAAUAUGUGUCGAAACGAAGCUGUAUGACUGCAGUGGGUCACUGACGAGGCUGUGCUCACCGAAUUUUCUUUCGAUUAUCGCGGAAAAUUAUUACCGUGAACCCAACCGCCGCUAGACACGUACAAUUUAUAUCGUCGUAGUGUCUAUGGACCGUAUUCUGACUAGGUGAUGUCGACGAUUACUGUCGAGGACCGACUUUCUUCUGUUGCUAUGCACGUCGCCGAACAAGUGUACUGUUGAAAAAACAUGAGCCCCGCAAUGGAACAGAACAACGUUGGUGGGGUCUUCGAUCCCGCUCUGGCCGGCCUACUGGAAUCGUUGGUGGGAUCGCGAGACGCCAUAUCUGCGUCCAAAGAAGAACUGGACUUCUUGUCCAACUUAUUGCAAAGCAAGGAACUGCAUGCUUUGUUCAAAGUCUACAACACCAUUGUUGACCGAGUACGCGACGAUCGGCGAUGCUCUCCCGUGUUGUCGAGUUCCAUGCAAACCACUUUGGACGUCAUGGAAGUUAUAUUGCCCAGGAUCUCUCUCAGCGAAACAUCCAGACAACUUUUUCAACUAUUGCAAAACCCUCAUAUACAGGGACUUCUGUGUGCCCAUGACGCAGUAGCUCAAAAAGACUAUCUACCCCGACUGCCAGACAUUCCUCAAGAGAUGGAUGAGGAUGAAGAGACAAUCAAGAUUGUGCAAUUGGUUAAAAGCACUGAACCAUUGGAUGGGGAACCUGAUUCAGCUGAACCAAUUGUGGGUGCCACAAUAAAAACUGAUGAAGAAAAUGGAAAAAUAAUUAUAGCAAGGGUCAUGCAUGGUGGUGCUGCUGACAGAUCUGGUUUAAUAAAUGUUGGUGAUGAAGUUUGUGAAGUGAAUGGAAUUAAUGUUGAAGGAAAGUCGCCAGCAGAUGUACUCCAAAUACUACAACAUUCUGAAGGGACAAUAACAUUCAAAUUGAUUCCGGCAGACCCAAAAGGUGGAUCGCGAGAAAGUAAAAUGAAGGUCCGAGCCCAUUUUGAUUUUAACACUGAUGUUGAUCCUUACAUUCCAUGCAAAGAAGCCGGUCUAAGUUUUACCAAAGGAGAAGUGCUUCAUAUUGUUAGUCAGGAUGAUCCUUAUUGGUGGCAAGCCCGGAAAGAAGGUGACCGUAAUAUGAGAGCUGGACUUAUACCUAGUAGAGCUCUGCAAGAACGUAAAAUAAUUCAUGAAAGAUUGUCUAUGACCGAUCAAAAAAAGAAAUGGGUCAUGGAUACCAUUAAUGGGGGUUGUAUUGGUGGGGGCGGAAUGACAUGUUUGCCGGACCGUUCAUUAGCCAAAGACCCAUUAUGUGGGUCGUUGGCCGCUCUGAACGAUCUCGGUGAAGACAUGGCGUCCGAAUGUUCGGUACGUACACGUGUUAAAAAGGUUAUCUAUGACGCAGCUGAAAGUGAUGACUAUGACCGUGAAGAUAUUGCUACAUAUGAAGAAGUGGUGAAGUUGUAUCCGAGAAAUGAGCUUCCCCGGCCCAUUGUUUUAGUUGGUCCACCUGGUGUUGGUAGAAAUGAGCUGAAGAGACGUAUUAUGGAACUAAAUCCUGACAAAUAUCACACACCUGUACCACAUACAUCCAGAUCUCCUCGGCCUGGAGAAGUAAAUGGCAAAGAAUAUAAUUUUGUGUCAAGAGAAUUAAUGGAAGAACAAAUAGCCCGUGGUGAAUUUUUAGAAUUUGGUGAAUACAAAGGCAAUCUUUAUGGCACAUCUUUAGAAAGUGUUAAAUCAAUCAUACGUUCCGGACUUACAUGUAUUAUAAAUCCGCAUUAUCAGGCAUUAAAAAUGUUACGUACCCCUGAUAUAAAACCUUACAUUGUAUAUAUUAAGCCACCAAUAUUUGACAUAUUAAAAUCAACUAGAAAUGCAGCAUUUGCAAUGUCAACAUUUGAUGAAACAAAUUCUAGAGGUUUUACAGAUGAUGAGUUCAAUGAGAUACUAAGAAGUUCAAAACGAAUAGAAUUUCUUUAUGAUCAUUGGUUUGAUGAAAUAAUAGUUAAUGAUGAUUUCAAGUCGGCUCUAGAGCAAUUAUUAGAAGCUGACCAUAAAUUAAAAACCGAACCAUUAUGGGCACCUGCUUCUUGGUUACAGUAAAUUUUUACAUUAUGCGCGGAAACUAGUCAAUGAUUCUUAACCCGCCACCAAAACAGUAUUUUAAAUGUCCAAUAGAACACAUCAAACUUUGACCAAAUAAAAAAUGAAUCGAUCA